AUGACCGUUCCGACCAAGAUCGAACCCAAGGAUGUCCAGGCCCACCUGUCCCAAUUCAAGGGCGACAGCUAUCGUGAUGGCUGGGCUUCGCUUUGGGACAAGGGUGAAGGUCUGCCUUGGGAUAAGGGCUUCCCCAACCCUGCAUUGGAAGAUGCCCUGAUCCAGCGUCGCGGCACCAUUGGCGGGGCUAUCGGCCAGGACGCGCAGGGUCAGUCGUACCGCCGAAAGGCACUGGUCCCUGGUUGCGGCAGAGGUGUUGAUGUUCUGCUACUGGCUAGCUUUGGCUUCGAUGUCUAUGGUAUUGAGUACAGUGCCACCGCAGUGGAGGCGUGCAAGAAGGAGGAGGCCGAGAAUCACAGCUGGUACCGCGUCCGGGAUCAGAAUGUCGGCCAGGGAAAGGUUACCUUUGUGCAGGGCGACUUUUUCGAUGAUACUUGGCUGCAGACAAUUGGAGUGCCCCUGAAUGGGUUUGAUAUUAUUUAUGACUACACGCUGCCCCGCACCCCACCAGUUGGUUACACGACGGACAACGAGGGGCAGCCGGAGACCGAGACCGAUCCCGGCGGUGUCUCCACAGUGUUCUUCUGUGCUCUCGAGCGAUCUAUGCGACCUAAAUGGGCUCUGCGACACACCCAACUUCUGGCCCCUUCCCCAGCAGGUAACCUGAUCUGCCUGGAGUUCCCCCGCCACAAAGACCCCAAGGCACCUGGGCCCCCUUUCCCAUCAUCGUCAGAGGCAUACAUGGAGCACUUGAGCCACCCUGGCGAGGAUAUCCCCUACAACGACCAGGGUCUCAUCAAGCAGGACCCCUUGCGUGUGCCGAGCGAGGCUGGCCUCGAGAGGGUGGCCUACUGGCAACCUGAGAGAACCCACGAGAUGGGUCAGGAGAACGGGAAGAUCCAGGACAGAGUCUCUAUCUGGCGUCGACGUAACUAG